CCUUGUAUUAGCUGAGAGGAUUCUGGGACUUCACUGGCGACAGCAGCUACCAUUCCAUCUUCAAUAUGUGAAUCAGAGUGGCAGUUAAAACUGUUGCCCAACUGAUUUUGAAGUCAGACUACCAAUGGAAUAUGAAAGUUAUUUGUCCUUUUUCCAGAGCUCUAGAUAACACUAUAAACUAUCUGGGAGCAGCAGACAGAGUUGAAUAGUUGUGUGUGGGACUUUGUUGGGAUGUACUUUACCAUGGCAACACAAGUCCUUCAAGGCUACUGAGUGGUUACUGUAGAUCACCAUGGGAACAACUUGGUGAGCACAGUCAUUAUUUUCCCUCAGUGGUACAUUAUCACACAAAAAAACAAAGAGAAAAACCAACGCCAAGCAGUGUAGAGGGUGGAAACAUCUACUGCAGAGCCAUGGCUGACCCAAUACAUAUGGCUGACCCGAAAGACAGCAUGACAGAUUUCAAAGUACAAACGGCCAGGCACCCCAUCUCCAGCACCUCAGUCCCCCUGCGGCCACCCAGUGAUCAACAGUCCAAGGACCGUGCUUCCAAGAGGCUCUCCUCCGACUCCAACGGGACAAGCGAGAGUGGGGCGGGGGCGCGGACUCCCGUGGAGAUAACCGCACUGGAGGAGUCAUUCCGGCGCUUCGCUAUCCACGGCGACACGCGCGCCACUGGGAAGGAGAUGCACGGCAAGAACUGGUCCAAGUUGUGCAAGGACUGCGGCGUCAUAGAUGGGAAGACCGUCACCCUCACGGACGUGGAUAUCGUCUUCACUAAAGUCAAGAAGAAAUCUUGUCGUAACAUCACGUAUGACGAGUUCAAGGCAGCAUUGGGAGAGCUGGCCAGGAAGAGGUUCAAGGAGAAAACAGGAGAAGAGGCGGAGGAGGAAAUCUUCAAGAUGAUUGAGGGGAAAAAACCUGUCAUUAAAGGAGUCACGAGAGCGGUGGCUUCUCCCACGGUGUCGCGUCUCACGGACACCACGAAGUUCACCGGGUCGCACAAGGAGCGAUUUGACGAGAGUGGCCGUGGGAAGGGGAAGGCCGGCCGCGUGGACAUGGUGGACACGUCUGGGUAUGUUGCAGGUUACAAACACCACGGGUCGUACGAGAAGAAAGUAAGCAGGCCCAACGGACCCCCAGGAAUCGGGGCCCCUGGAGCCAAACCAAUGUGAGGACAGAAGGAAAGAAACGAACAGAAACCGUAGACCAACAAGAUGAUCAUUUUUGAAAAAGAACUCCAUGAAAGCACAACAACAACAAAAAAAGGAUAGGAUUUCAUAUUUUCCCAACCCAUCUUCAUUUUUUUUUUUUUUUGUGAGAUGUUUUUCGUUCCUCUCUGUGAUGUGUGAGAACUGGAAAACUGUUUACAUCUAUUUUUACAAAGUUAUCACCAGCCGGUACAUUCCUAACCCAUAGCAAGUUACUGCCAAAUGUUAAAAUCUACGAACCGACCACCAAAGGAAACCAACUGCUUUGCUUUGAGGAAAUAUUUUUAUUAUGAUAGGGAUUUAUAAGUAUUUAUUACAAGCACUAAAAAUUCAAUAAAAACAAAAAAGUGAGAAAGGUUUGACAAAAAGAUUGCUAUGGCUAGGCUUCUUUCCACACAUUUAGUUGAAAUUUAUCCUCAAUGUAAUACUUUUUUAGUUUGCUUUUAUUAUUGGCAUAAGCUGGUUGAAGUACGUACUGUAGAUAUUCUGGUCAUUUGUUAGAUUGAUCAUACCGUCUUCAGUACCAACGGUCUGCCUUCCCUCCUGAUCAAUGAAGUCUGCUGUAUUAGUCUUAUUCCACUGUGCUACUUGUCCGACCCCCUUUAUACUUCCUCACAGUUUACACAUACUGACUACAUAGUUUGCCUUGAAUCUUUCUUAAAAAACAAACAAACCUUGAGUAGUAUAUUUAGAAGUGCUAUGUCUUCCUGUCUUUAGAUAUGCAAGUAGUGUAUUGUCUGAUUGUUAACACCUUUUGUUCAUAAGACCAUCAAGAUAUCAGGUUUUAUGUUACCUACCGUGUCUUUAACUUCCCUUAUCUUAAAAAUGUUUCUUUUAUACAUGUUCUGUGAAGUUAUAUCAGUACAGUGGGAUACCUAGUGUCUUUUAUGACACAACAAAGAGAGUUACUUCUCAGAAUUAUUGUUGGCCUUCAGAUACAUUUUAUCUGGUUCAUUCCGAAACCGAAAGUAUUUACACCAAACAUAUUAAACAAGAUAAGAGGUCCAUGUCCCUAAAAUUAUUAUCUAUAAUAAUGGUAUCUAAUGUUUUGAUAAAACCCAGUUCAUUCACUCGGUUGGUUGUUUUAACUGGGCCUCAGCAGCUAUAAGGGGAGAGCUGGGCUGUUCAAGAUUGUAUUUUUAAUAUUUAACAGAUAUGUCGUCAGAUUUAUAAAGUUCUAAUAUAUUGGUGGUGAGAUUGUGUCUUUCUAAACACUGACUGCAUUUUUUCCCUCUAUUUUCUCUACGUUGUGCAUGAAGUAUUGUGUAGCUACUAUGUUCGAUUUGGAAAUGACCAAAUCAGAUUCGAAAACGCACACAACACGUUUCCCUUGUCUCAUUUAAACUGUUGUGUGAAAAUUAUUAAAGAAAAUAACCAAGUUUUGAUCAAACUUUGAGUGUAAAUAUCAUCAGUAAUCCUAUUAAUUACAAUAUGUUAUGGUAGGUACUAUUUCAGAAUCAUUAAGGGGACAUUUGGAGUGUGGUGUUUGGUAGUUGGGUGGUGGACAUCUGGUGAUAUUAUUAUUGACCAAACUUCUAACAGUAUUAUUGACCUAAUAGGAUACAAAAUCCAAAACCUGGUAGAACCAACCAGGCUAUGUUCACGAAUAUAAUAGUUGUACCAGGCUACAAAAAUCUAUGUCAGUCAUUUGAGCUGUGUCAAAUGUAUGCAUAUUAAGCUAGAAUCAUGUUUACGUUCUAAAUGGAAAAAGACUGAUACACAACAGGUACUACAGUAUGGUAAAUAUGACUAGAUCAGUAUUUCUGUAGACCCUUGACCUCUAGUCUGAAGACAUUUUAGUUGUAACACUGUUGUACUCUUCCUGACACUUUAUAUGGCACAAUUUAAAGUCAGUACCCAAGCAGGAUUUUAGUAAAGGGAACUGCUAAAGAAGUAUACUUUUGUAGGACAUCUAUUUUUCAAGCUUAAUAACGAGACACUGUCCCUUUCAAACACAACACACUACUUUCAGUGUAUUCUGUGCUGACCAAUAAGACUUAUGCAUUGAUUGAGAUCAAACGAAAACCUGUCCAUUAGUGGAAUUGUAGUCAUUUUAGUAUUUCCAGUAUGAUUUGUCUAGUGUGCUUAAUGCCAAAUACUGUGCAUCUUUUCAUGUGGAGGAACAAUUGUGUAUUUUUUUUAAGUAACUUUUUAAUGUAGUAUUUUAUUGUGCCCUGGUGCAUGCUAUGUGUUGUUCUCCAGACCAUUAUGUGUGUGUUCAUGAUCUGUAGCGUUAUUGAAAAUAAAAACAACCCAUCCCGGAGAACCAGA